GGUCCAUAAUGCCUUGCGGUGUUACAGUUCCGAUGCAAUGUAUUUACAGGCAAAAGUAAUGAAAUGGGGAGAGGCAAUUUUCCGCAGCAUAUUGGUCAACCUGCAAUGGUUAUAGCAGGGACAGUGCAUUGUUAAACUUUCAGCCAAGGAUAUCACAAUGCUGCUAAUUUUCUCAUGAUGCAGUUCUCUCUUUGCUGUGGACCGUGUCACGUUGUCGCAGUUCGUACAAGUGAUUUAUAGGCUUGCGCCGAUUCCAUUCCUCUACAGAAUUUAUUUUUCCUAAACUUCAGUCCCGAUAGAGAAGACUGAGGGGGACUUCUGUUGGUGUUUCGGCACCUACAACGCGAAGUCUGCUGCCAUUUAAGGGCAAUCUGGAUGAAGAACAAAAGCACUUUCUAACCAGCUGUAAACACACCAGGAAUAGAGAGAUCAUGAGCCAGGCCAGAGAUAAAGAGCCAGGAUGAAAACAACAAUGUCAUGUCCAGCUGGUCCCAGAAUGCCUGGCUGGGAGGUUUGACGGUUCUUCACCAACUGUUUGAGCCAUCCUCCUUUUCCUCAACAGCCCCUAAAAAUAGUGGCACACAUUUUCAGUGAGGUGGUGGCCAGCUGGAGCUUCCAGGAAUGAUGGGGCCAACCCACCGCAGCAGGCCCCCUCGCUGCACCUGACCCAGAAUGGAGCUUAAGGUUUGGGUGGACGGGGUCCAGAGGGUCGUAUGCGGGGUCACCGAGGCAACCACCUGCCAGGAAGUGGUCAUCGCUCUGGCCCAGGCCAUAGGCCGCACUGGGCGCUAUACCCUGGUGGAGCAAUGGCGAGACACAGAGCGCCACCUGGCCCCCCACGAGAGCCCAGUGGCCUCCAUCAACACCUGGGGUCAGUAUGCCGGUGACGUCCAGCUGAUCCUGCACCGCACAGGCCCCUCCCUGACUGAACGCCCCCCUUCCGAGGGGCCCCCGCUUCGAGGCCCGGAACGCGGUCUCCACCGGCAGAGCCUCCCCCCACUUGCCAAGCUCCGCCACCCCAGUGAGCGCUCCCUCUGCCGCCGUGAGCCGCGCCGCAAGUCCCUCACCUUCUCUGGCAGGCCCCGGGGCCUCCGGGACACCCUGAGUGGAGGCCGGGCUUGGGAGGAGAGGGAGGCCGAGGCCAAACGACGUCUCCUACUCCAGGGGAACGGUGGGAACCAGAACCACCACCACCAUGUAGCAGCCGAAGCGGUAGCCCCAGGGGGGGCAGUGUCCCCCGGCAUGUGGACCUGCCGCAUGGAUGACUUGGUCAGACUGGUGGGGCUCCAGAGAGAGACUCUGGGUGUGCUGGAGAACAGGCUGAAGGCCUAUGAGGCUGAGCUGCAGACCUGGGGUGGGGGACGGGGAGAAGGAGGGGGAGAGGAGGUAAGGGGAGCGGCAGGGCUAGUGGAGGAGAUAGUGAGGCUGGAGAGACGACUGAGGAAGAACGAGGUGGAGAUGGAGGAGGAGGAGUUCUGGGCCAGCGAGCUGCAGAUUGAGCUGGAGAGCGAGAGGCAGCUAGAGGACAAGCUUGAGGAGCUAACGGGACGUCUGCAGGGCGCUAAAGUCGACCUGGGGGACAGGAUGGUUCUGGUACAGGGUGUGGAAGCGGGUCUCGAGGAGGAGCGUCUGCGGUGGGAAAGACAGGAGACUCAGAGGGUGAGCGAGGUGGAAGCCAGGGCGCAGUUGCUUAGGGCCCGCACGGAGCUCAAGACCCAGGACAGACAAGCCGUCCAGCUAGAGAGCAGCUGCAGAGCCGUGGACAGGUCCCUGAGCCAGAGUAGCAAGAGAAUGCAGGAGAUGCAGCAUGAGCUGGAGCAGCUGACCAAGGAGCUGAGACAGGUCAACCUGCAGCAGUUCAUCCAGCAGACUGGCACCAAGGUCACCGUGCUGCCAGCCGAGCCCAGUGAGGAUGAGGAGGAGACUACCCACACCGGACAGGGCACAGACUUGGUUCCUCUGUCCGGUUCCCUGAAGCGUCCAGUCUCCUCGAUGCCCGGUCACCUUCGGGUCCUGCAAAGCCCGCUGACAUCUGGCUUGAACCCAGAAGGGAUCUACGUGUAAGAGGACACAGAGGGGGAUAUCUAUGUUCCAUGCCAGCUGGCCCCCUCACUACCAACCUAAAGGUAGCCUGCUUGGUAGUCUGGUCCCAAAACGGUUGUCUUUAGCCAACUCCUCUCCUAUUCACUCCUAGUCAGGAGUUGGUUAUAUACAGAUCUGGGAUAAGACUAGCUCAAGGAUGUAAUAGCAUGAUACUUCAGUAACACUCUCCUGUCAUGGAUAAAGGACCUACACUUACAUAGAGGAUAUGGCUAGAGGCCAUUGUGUACAAGCACUUCUAGUCUCCCACAUGGGACAGCACAUGAUGAUUGCUCCAAUGAUGAAGGGAAGACUAUGGGUAACCUAUCUGACUGCAGGAUGGGGCACUUAGCUUGGAUGAACAGUGUAGAAAACAUUAGGAACACCUGCUCUUUCCAUGACAUAGACUGACCAGGUGAAUCCACGUGGAAGCUAUGACCCCUUAUUGAUGUUAAAUCCACUUCAAUUAGUGUAGAUGAAGGGGAGGAGACAGGUUAAAGAAGGAUUUUUAAUCCUUGAGGCAAUUGAGACAUGGAUUGUGUCUGUGUCCCAUUCAGAGGGUGAAUGGGCAAGAUAAAAGAUGUAAGUGCCUUUGAACGGAACGGGCUAUGGUAGUAGGUGCCAGGCGCACCGGUUUGGGCAUGUCAGGAACUGCAAUGUUGCUGGGUUUUUCACGCUGAACAGUUUCCAGUCUGUAUCAAGAAUCGUCCACAACCCAAAUGACAUCCAGGCAACUUGACACAACUAUGGGAAGCAUUGGAGUCAACAUGGGCCAGCCACAUCUUGUAGAGUCCAUGCCCUGACGAAUUUAGGCUGUUCUGAGGGCAAAAGGGGUGCAACUCAAUGUUAGUAAGGUGUUCCUAAUGUUUGGUACACUCGAUGUAGUUGAAAUAGACAAUAUAGCAACAGACAUAAGAACCAUGUGUCAUAGCCCAAAUGGUUGCCUAUCUAUGGAAACCUUGUGACUAAAAGUGAUGCGUAUUUAUCAUCAUCAUCAUCGCCAUUAUCAUCAUCAUUAUCAUCACCGUUUUCACCCCUUUAAAGUGCAAUUACUUUAUUUUUCAUUUAAAUGAAUUAAGCUCUAAUGUAGCUACAUUUGGACUGCAUUGAGUCAUGGAUGAGAUGUCGAUAUGGUGGCCCUAUGGGGCAAAGUAGCUUUUCAUGGAUUUCUGUUUCUGAAGCAUUUACACUGUGUAUUUAUCAUAUCAAACUUUGACCCUCAGCUCACAUCAACCAACAUGCAGACUGUUUCUGCUCUGUUCUGAUUUUCAUUAUACACUAGGUACAGUACAACAUACAACCAGUGGUUAAAGGUUUUAUUACUGAAGAAAGGAUAGAUGGUAACCUAUGUGUCCAUAAGUGUUAAUAUGUCAAUUAUUGUCAAUAAAUUGAUAUGUCAUAUGCGAUAUGUCAAUUAUUGUCAAUGCAUAUUUCAUAUACAAUGCCUUCGGAAAGUAUUCAGACUCCUUUACUUUUUCCACAUUUUGUUACGUUACAGCCUUAUUCUAAAUGGAUUAAAUAAAACCUUUUCCUCAGCAAUCUACACACAGUACCCCAUGAUGACAAAGCAAAAACAGGUUUGACCCUUUGCUAUGAGACUCAAAAUUGAUCUCAGGUGUAUCCUGUUCCUAUUGAUCAUCCAUGAGAUGUUUCUACAACUUCAUUAUAGUCCACCUGUGGUAAAUUCAAUUGAUUUGACAUGAUUUGGAAAGGCACACACCUCUUUAUAUAAGGUCCCACAGUUGACAGUGCAUUUCAGCAAAAAUCAAGCCAUGAGGUCAAAGGAAUUGUCCGUAGAGCUCCGAAACAGGAUUGUGUCGAGGCACGGAUCUGGGGAAGGGUACCAAAACAUUUCUGCAGCAUCCCCAGGAACACAGUGGCCUCCAUUAAUCUUAUCAAAUUAAAUUGUAUUUGUCACAUGCGCCGAAUACAACAGUGAAACGCUUACUUACAAGCACUUAACCAACAAUGUAGUUUUAAGAAAAUACCUAAACAAAAGUAAUAAAUAAAAGUAAGAAAUAAUUAAAGAGCAGCAGUAAAAUAACAAUAGCGAGGCUAUAUAAAAGGGGUACCGGUGCAGAGUCAAUGUGCGGGGGCACCGGUUAGUCAAGGUAAUUGAGGUAAUAUGUACAUGUAGGUAGAGUUAUUAAAGUGACUAUGCAUAGAUAAUAACAGAGAGUAGCAGCAGCAUAGAAGAGGGAGGCAUUGCAAAUAGUCUGGGUAUGCAUUUGAUUAGAUGUUCAGGAGUUUUGGGGUAGAAGCUGUUUAGAAGCCUCUUUGACCUAGACUUGCCGCUUACCGUGCGGUAGCAGAGAGAACAGUCUAUGACUAGGGUGGCUGGAGUCUUUGACAACAAAAAAAUCUGAAAUGGAAGAAGUUUGGAACCAGCAAGACUCUUCCUAGAGCUGGCCACCCAGCCAAGCUGAGCAAUCGGGGGAGAAGGGCCUUGGUCAGGGAGGUGACCCGAGAACCCGAUGGUCACUCUGACAAAGCUCUAGAGAUCCUCUUUGGAGAUGGGAGAGCCUCCCAGAAGGACAACUAUCUCUGCAGCACUCCACCAAUCAGGCCGUAAUGGUAGAGUGGCCAGACGUAAGCCACUCCUAAGUCAGGAUAUAGGCAAAGAUGAACGGAGCAAAGUACAGAGAGAUCCUUGAUGAAAACCUGCUCCAGAGCACUUAGGACCUCAGACUGGGGGCGAAGGUUCACCUUCCAACAAGACAACGACCCUAAGCACACAGCCAAGACAAUGCAGGAGUCGCUUCGGUACAAGUCUCUGAACGUCCUUGAGUGGCCCAGCCAGAGCCCAGACUUGAACCCGAUCUAAUAACUUUGGAGAGACCUGAAAAUAGCUGUGCAGCGACGCUCCCCAUCCAACCUGAAAGAGCUUGAAAGGAUCUGCAGAGAGGAAUGGGAGAAACUCCCCAAAUACAGGUGUGCCAAGCUUGUAGUGUCAUAUCCAAGAAGACACGAGCCUGCCAAAGGUGCUUCAACAAAGUAUUGAGUUAAGGGUCUGAAUAAGGGUAAAUGUAAUAUUUAAGUUUUUUUAAAUAUAUAUAAAUAAGCAAAUUUUCUAAAAACUUGUUUUUGCUUGAGGUAUUGUGUGUAGAUUGAUAUUUUUUUAAAUUUAAGAAUACGGAUGUAAUGUAACAAUGUGGAAAAAGUCAAGGAGUCUGAAUAAUUUCCGAAUGCACUGUAUGUGAUAUGACAACUGAUCUAUUCACUUAUUGAAAUGGUAGAAUACUGUAGAUAGUAUAAAGCUUGGUCGCUAUUCACAUUUAUUUCCAUUACUGAGGAAGAAGAAGAACUUUGGCAACUGUGUAUGUACUUUACGCAAUAUUGUUAAUGCAACAGUAUUGAAUGAACCGCCAGUGUUCGUUUUCUCUUUUAUCUUGCUCUGACAAUAUGACUAUGUUACUAUGCCAAAAUGUUUAAGCAUAUUCAUCUGUAAAGAAAUGUGACCAAAGAUUAGGUCUUAUUGCAUCUGUUUGGUUUUCCAAAUAGCCAUAUCUGAAUACUUAUUUAAAGCUAAGUGACAGUAAAUCGACUUGUAAGAUCCUAAGAGGGAGUGGUUUGCCUCAAUUGAAAGAUAUGCAACACUGAUAUAAAAGGUCAAACUGAUCUUAGAUCAGCACUCCUACACUGAGACACGUUUAUGAAUACAGGCCCUGGGACCAGGCUAGAGUAGUAGUGCUGCUCUAAGAUCAGUUUGACAUUUUAUAUCAUAAUGAAUACGAUUAUAUGGCCAGAGAAGACCAGUUUUCCCUGUCUUGCCAAUUCCUUGGCAUGACAAUGACCAGAGGAGUUGCCAAAACAGCACAAACUGAUCUGGAACCAGGCUAAUGCAAUACACCACUAAUACACCAUUGACUAAGGGCUUGAUUCAAUCUGUAGCACUGAAGACCUGCACUAUGGAGCGAUUGAAAUUGAAAGGCAAUGUUCCCGUGUUUGUGGAGACUGCAUUUACAUUAAACGCUGCAUAUGUCAUCUCAACCUUUCAAUCGCGCUGUAAAGCGGACCUUCAGCGCUACUGAUAGAAUCAAGCAAUAAAAUCUGAUAAAACAACACUCCAUUUUAGUCUCUGCAUUAAAGAAGAAAUGGGCCAAUUAUUGUUGUACACAAUAUCAUAAUUGCCUUCAAUGUACGGAAUGGCCUGUCUCAUUGGUUUUGAUAAACAAAUGGUUCACUGCUACUCAUCUUUUAAUAAGUUCUUAACAAGUGCCUUAUGCUUAUUUCUACACAUAUACAAAUAAUGUAAAGCUUUACCAGGAAUUAUUCCAACGAUGACCCUGCUCUGUUCUAGCCUGGUCACAGAUGUGUUUGUGCGGUCUUGCUAACUCCUAUAGUCAUUGUUCCGCCAGUGACCACAUGAGUUGGCAAGACAGCACAUACAGAUCUGGGACCAGGCUAGCUGUGUUCAUUGUGUGAGUAAGAUGUUUAUGGAAGAAACAGGUGGUUCGACUUUCAUUUGGGAUAGAUUUAGUUACAGCCUAUAUACUUACCAUGGUUUUAGCAUUCAUUUUCCACCUAAGGUAAAGUGGGUGGCUGUAUAAAAAACACUUGUACGUUUUCAUAGGUUGCUUUGGUCAGUGUUUACAAUUUGAUGUCUUGUGCAUUCCCAUGUUAAGAAAUCAACUGUACAUAGCCACAUGUUUUAUUUUCCUGCAUUAAUUCACAGAAAAUUGUUGAGAGAUGUAUGGAUACAAUUGGCUGCUGAUGUGACAUGGAUUGCAUGAUUAUAAUAAAACGAUAUGACACAUUUUUUGUCAUCUUAUA